CUCACCUGGCACGAGCAUGGACAUGCUUGAUUUCACAGGCGUAUAGCAUAAAUAGACGCAAUUUAUUGCACAUCACAACACAAGGAAAAAAAGUGACUGUUGAAAUUUGUUGUGAAUCAGAUAUGGCUGUCAACGCUAAGAUUAUUCUUCUCAUCUUCGUAUGUGCGUAUGUCAACAGCGCUCCGUUGACCAUGAAGCAACUAGAUCAAAUUCUUGAGGACAUUUCAGCGUCUGCCAGAAAAGACGCCCAAAGCUUAACGAGUGGAGACGCCCAACGCCUGCAGAGUGGAGACGCCCAACGCCUGCAGAGUGGAGACGCCCAACGCCUGCAGAGUGGAGACGCCCAACGCUUGCAGAGUGGAGACGCCCAACGCUUGCAGAGUGGAGACGCCCAACGCUUGCAGAGUGGAGACGCCCAACGCUUGCAGAGUGGAGACGCCCAACGCUUGCAGAGUGGAGACGCCCAACGCUUGGCGAGUGGAGACGCCCAACGCUUGGCGAGUGGAGACGCCCAACGCUUGGCGAGUGGAGACGCCCAACGCUUGGCGAGUGGAGACGCCCAACGCUUGGCGAGUGGAGACGCCCAACGCUUGGCGAGUGGAGACGCCCAACGCUUGGCGAGUGGAGACGCCCAACGCUUGGCGAGUGGAGACGCCCAACGCUUGGCGAGUGGAGACGCCCAACGCUUGACGAGUGGAGAUGCCCAACGCUUGAUGAGUGGAGAUGCCCAACGCUUGUCGAGUGGAGACGCCCAACGCUUGUCGAGUGGAGACCAUAAAAGUUCUAUUUGCAACAAACUAAAAAUCUUAUAUAAUGCAAAGCAAAUUUUCUCUUCUUGUGUACAUUUAAAUAUGAAUUAAUUAGAAUUUUUUAUUAAAUAAUUGAAUAAAUUCUGUCGCUUUA